AGAUGCCUCAAGAAAUAUCCCAGACUGCUCGAUCAGAAUCCCAGUUUCAGAAACCUCCACUGACAGAGAAGUGGAGAAGUCUUCGUAGGGGAGACUAACCAAAGAGGAAAACUUGGACACUUUUUUUUAGGAAAACAGUAAAAGUUUGGGAGAAAGAUUUAACAUGGCAGUUGCCAGCAUGGCCAUGCCUGGCUCCACAGCGGGCCCCACGCUGGGUUUUGAUGACUACAGUCUCUACAGCAAUCUGUCAGAUGAUGAGCUGAUGCAGCUGGCUAUCGAACGCAGCCUCAGUGAGACCCAUGAUGCCUCUGCACCGGGUGAAGCCAGCAACACCACCACAGCUCUAGGAAGAAGAACAGGCCAGUAUAGGGCAAAUCCACCCCCAACCAGACUGAACCCACCAAAUCCACCAAGGCAGGAAUCAAGCCAUAGGCCGCCUACUGCCAAACCAACUGACGCAGAAGAGGACACUAUUGUGAAAGCCAUCCUGAACGGUGAUGUGACUACGUUACGAGCUAUGGCUAAAGACACCGGGAAUAACAUACUGCGUCCUGACAAGUAUGGAUGGAUCCCGCUGCACGAGGCUGCAUAUUAUGGCCAAGACCAGUGUGUCAGGGUUCUUCUUGGAGCUCAACCUGGAAUGAUUAACAAAUGCGACCUGAAAGGCCAGACUGCUCUUAUCUUGGCGGUGGGCAGGGAAAGGGUGGCCUGUGUAGAGGCGCUUCUGGAGAAAGGGGCAGACCCAGAACUCGCCACAAAGGAGAGAGAGACCCCCCUCUACAAAGCUUGUGAAAAGGAGAAUGCUGAGAUUGUGGCCAUGCUUCUGAAUCACGGUGCUGUGGUGAACAAACACUGCAUCCAGGGCUGGACGGCUCUCCAGGAGGCUGUGAGCCGCAACAGUGUGGAGAUAUGUGAGAUGUUGCUCAAGGCCGGGGCUAAGCUCAGCCCAACCAACAUGUACGGUAUCACGCCCCUGUUUACUGCAGCCCAGAGUGGAUGCGUGGAAACACUUCGAUUUCUCAUUAAACACGGUGCUGAUAUCAACAGCGAGGCCAGCGAUGGGGCCACAGCUCUGUAUGAGGCGGCUAAGAAUGGCCAUGAAGACAUUGUGAAGCUUCUUCUUUCUCAGAAUGCUGAUGCCAACAAAGCGGGCAAGAAAGGACUUCUGCCACUACAUAUCGCUGCCCAACGAGGAACUGAUGGUAUCGUGUCAUUGCUGAUCAAAGCCACCAGCAAGUCCAGAGUGAAUCGCAGUGGCAUCAGUCCCCUCCAUCUUGCCGCCGAGUGCAACAGGGAUGAAGUCCUGGAGGUCCUAAUCGAGGCCGGCUACGAUGUCAAUGCCAUGCUGUCAGCGGACCGCUCCAAGAUGUACGAGGAUCAUCGCAGCACAAUUCUAUACUUUGCCGUCGCCAAUGGCAAUGUGGAAGCGACCACCAUGCUUCUAGAAGCCGGUGCCAAACCCAACCUAGACACCUUCAACACGCUACUGGUGGCCGUGAGGCAGGGUAGUAUCGAAUUGGUCACUUUGCUGGUGGAGCAUGGGGCCAACGUUAACGCCUACGUCCUGACUCACCCCACCUCAUUCCCGGCCACUGUCAUGUUCAGUAUGAAGUACCUGUCCAUGCUGAAGUAUUUGAUGGACAAUGGCUGUGAUGCCCACUCCUGUUUUAGCUGCACUUACGGCAGUGGUCCACAUCCACCCAUUCAAGAGACAUCUGAGAGGGAUGACUUGCGCUACAAUAACGAUACACGCAGGAAUACUGGGAAAGCUGUUCAGUUCUGUGAGAUAAUCUCAACUCAGGCAAUAAACCGCUGGGCAGGACCCAUCAUAGACGUACUCCUGGAUUAUGUUGGCCAUGUGAAACUCUGCUCCAGACUUACUGAACACCUAAAUAGCUUUGGGGACUGGGAAGCCAUCAAGGAGAAAGCAACUCCCCCGCGUCCACUGAUGCAGCUGUGUAGGCUGAAGAUCCGGCAGCAGGUUGGACUCCACAGACUGAGGUGCAUCAACAAACUGCCCCUCCCACCAAGAGUAAUCAAGUACCUUAACCACGAAGAGCGCAAACAAGAAGAGUUUUGUGCAUUCUAGAGAGUGACAUCAUAGUCAAAACAAGAGAUGACACAGGGAAUGCCGCACAAAAUUGAUUGACAUAAUCAGUGUUUAUGGUGUGAAUAUUUUUACUGAUAUUUGAGCAGUAAUGUAGAGUACAGUUACAUUUCACAAUUAAACUUUAAGAUCAGACUUAUAUAGUAAUUUAAUAAGCUCACCCGACAGGUAGACUUACCAAAGUUGGUAGCAUUUUAUUUGACUGUUGUAGACAUUUCUAGGUACUUUCUAGUAAUUACUUUUAUUUAAAUUACUAGGUAUUCACAAGUACAUGGUAAAAUGGUAAUUAUAGUAAUAUCAUAUUAAUUACUUGUUUGUUUCAGUGAGACCAACUUAAGCAACAUUUUUAAACAAAUAUUGAAAUGGGUUUGUGUCAAGUUUAGAAAAUGUACAUGUUUAAGUGUACAGUAAUUUUGGGGCGUUAUAGGACCCUGUAAGGCAAGCUUUUAUGAAUUUGUGAUAUUUUUUUUGCAUAAGUUCAACCUUAGUUGAGACUUCAUGAUAUUGUUAUUGAGAAUAGUCUAUUCAAUUUCUCAAUGAAAUAUAAAAAUGAAAUAAAUACACAAAUGGAUUUUUGUCAAGGUUUGGAAAGCUGCCUAUUUGAUUGCACAGUAUUUUUGGGGAAACAUUUUACUCUUUUAGGCUACCUUCUAUGUACAGCUGAAGUCAGAAGUAUACAUACACCUUAGCCAAAUACAUUUAAACUCAGUUUUUCACAAUUACGGAAAUUUAAUCCUAAUUAACAUUCCCUGUCUUAGGUCAGUUAGGAUCACCACUU